AUGGAGGUCACGCUGGAGCAGCCUUGCGAGUCGCCGGCGGAGAUCGUCGCGAGGGCGUUUUUUUCUGGGCGACGAAGCUGGAGCAGCUCUACGAGUCGCUGGAAGAGACCGUCGAGUCGUGGGGGAGGUCGUCCGUGCGAAGGCGGAGUGCAGGCUGAAGGCGAUCUUCGGGAGGCUGGAAGGGAUCAGCGUGGAGGAGAUCGUCGGGUGGCAGUUUUCGGGUCGCUGCAGGUGUGUACGCUGACGGCAAUUUCCAGGGUGCCCCUCUCGGUGGCGCUCUUCGGCGCGCCGCAGGCGAUGCGCGGCUUCGCGGACGCCCCGCUCGGAGAUACACGCAUCGCCUGCGGCGCGCCGCUCGAGGCUGGGCGCGAGGAGACGCUGCUCGACCUCGAGGCGCAGUCCGGGGACUGCCCCCAGAUGCUGGCGGACGUGGCUGUCGGCUACGGCUUUCUGGGGGACGCGCGCGCCCUGGCCGCGACCGCAGACGCCGACGGCGCCCUGGCCGCGGAGGGGGAUGCGGAAGAGUGCCGCCAGUGCCCAGGGCGACGGGCCCCCUGGCCCGUCCUGCCGCUGGCACACGAGACGGCCAGCCGGCCGGGCAGGGCCGCGCGCGGGGCGUGGGCGACGGCCCCAGGGCCGAAGCGGCCGCGGUCGGGCGCCGGCGCGGGGCAGGGCGUCGCACUCCACCGCGCCACCGCGCGCCAGCUGCGAAGCGCGUUCGGCCAGGAGCGCGAGCUCGCAGCGCGCGCCGCGCUGGUGCCCGAGCUGGCCGGCAAUUUCGCUGGCCGGGCUGCGCUGGCAGGGCACGGCCGCUGGGCUGCCGGGGCGCGGUGA